GCGCCGCCUCCAGACAGAGCACCGGGGACCGGUGGGUGUGAUGCCGCUGAACGCGUGGCUUCCGUACCGCUGUCAGCGCGCGCUCUCUGCGGUUCCUCGGUCAUAAAAAAAAAAAAACAACAACAACAAAGACGCCGCGAGGCAGCAGCUCCGCGUGGGAAAAAAAAAGAGAAAGGACUGAGGACCCAGGGAGGAAAGUGGCCGCCCGGAGCCUGGCAGCAUGAGGGUCCUUCUGAGCGUCCUGUACCCGCUCCUUUCCCUCACCGUGUUCGGACUCUAUCCGUCCAUGACUAUCGGCCCUAAGGAGGGCUGGCAGGUGUACAGCUCAGCCCAGGAUGCUGACGGCCGCUGCAUCUGCACCGUGGUCGCGCCGGAACAGAGCCUGUGCUCCAGAGAUGCCAAAAGCAGACAGCUUCGACAGCUGCUGGAAAAGGUGCAGAACAUGUCUCAGUCCAUUGAAGUGCUGAACCUGCGCACGCAGAGGGAUUUCCAAUAUGUCAUAAAGAUGGAGAACCAAAUGAAAGGCCUGAGGACCAAGUUCAGGCAGGUUGAAGAUGACAGGAAAUCCAUCAUGGCCAAGAAUUUUCAGGAGCUUAAGGACAAGAUGGACGAGCUGAAGCCGUUGAUCCCCGUGCUGGAGCAGUAUAAGAUGGACGCCGCGCUCAUCUCCCAGUUCAAGGAGGAGAUCAGGAACCUGUCGGUGGUGCUGACGGGCAUCCAGGAAGAGAUCGGGGCCUACGACUACGACGAACUGUACCAGCGGGUCCUGCGGCUGGACACCAGGCUGCGCAGCUGCAUGGGCAAGCUAACAUGCGGGAAAUUAAUGAAAAUCACUGGACCUGUUACGAUAAAGACAUCUGGAACCCGGUUUGGGGCUUGGAUGACGGAUCCGCUUGCAACAACCCGAAACAACAGGGUUUGGUAUAUGGACAGUUAUACCAACAGCAAGAUUGUGCGCGAGUACAAGACGAUAGACGACUUUGUGUCGGGAGUGGUUUCUCAAACCUACAGCCUCCCGUUUAAAUGGGAGGGAACCAACCACAUCGUCUACAACGGCUCGCUUUACUACAACAAGUACCAGAGCAACAUAAUCGUCAAGUACAACUUCGAGACGGGCACCGUUCUCGCCCAAAGAGCCCUGGAGUUCGCCGGCUUCCACAACAUGUACCCGUACACCUGGGGAGGGUACUCCGACAUCGACGUCAUGGCCGACGAACUGGGAAUGUGGGCCGUGUACGCCACCAAUCAGAACGCCGGCAACGUUGUCAUCUCACAGAUAGACCCCGACACCCUGCAGGUGCUGAAGACGUGGAAUACGGAAUACUCCAAGCGGAACGCGGGCGAAUCGUUCAUGAUCUGCGGUACGCUUUAUAUCACCAACUCCCACCUGUCUGGAGCGAAGGUUUACUACGCGUACUCCACCAAGACGUCCAGCUACGAAUACAUAGACAUCCCUUUCCACAAUCAGUACUUUCACAUCUCCAUGCUUGACUAUAACGCCAGAGAGCGGGCGCUGUACGCCUGGAACAACGGACACCAAGUGAUCUUUAAUGUUACCCUGUUUCAUGUCAUAAAAACUGAAGACGACUCCUAAAUGUGAACCAACGAAGAAGAGCCGCUGUUUGUGAUACCAGGACCAGCCAAUGAACUGUUUCCUUUCAUCAGAAUUGAACUUUGCUAUCUCUACUUGAACCUUUUGGAAUUUCUCGCUCUGUAUUCUUGAGCAUGGACACCAGUGACUUUACAAUAAAAUAUAAAAAGCAUUUUUUUUAUAUCACUUUUCAUUGCUGCUGAUUAGUUUGGUAUGCCUUAUUUGCAGAGUGUUGAGUUUUCCAGCCAAAAACUCGAAUCUUUUGCAUGAAUGUCAUAAACUUGUCCACUGUACUUUGCUAAAAACCUAGUUGUUUUUGUUGCAAAUUAGAUUUUUAUUUAUUUAUUUUAUUUGUUGCUUUCCAGUGUUUGCUUUGUUUGUAUAUUUAAAGUCUAUUUAAAGUUGUAUUUAAUAUUUGAAAGCAACCUCUGCCGGCUAUUCGCCACAAUGUAAAUGAGAAAACGCGGUUGAGCUUUCGUCAGGGAUUGACCCUGUAAAUUAUGAACGACACAACGUCUCUGUGAAAGAAUGUUUGUAUUUUUUUUAUAAACAAAACCACUGAAGAAUGUCUGUGCAUUUUCAUUAAAAGUGAAUAUUGUACAUUUCAUGAAAAUAUUUUUAAAUGCUAAAAAGAAAAUCUGAUCUGAUGAAGAGAUAAUAAAAUCAAAAAAAGGAAACUA